ACAAAACGUGUAAAAAAUUUUAAAAAAUAUGAAAAAACUAAUUAUAAAAAAAAUCCACCAACAUUAAUUAUAAAAAAUGCAAAAAAUACAAAUGAUCAAAAUCGUCUUAAUAGUAACACUAAUGAAAUUAUUAUGAAUAAUAAUAACAAUAAUAAUAAUAAUGAUAACAAUAAUAAUGACAUUGAAAAUAGCUUAUUUACCACCAAUCUAAUUGAAUUCGAACUAGAAAAUUAUAUUAUAACAAUGCCAUGGUUUGGUAUGGAUAUUGGUGGUACACUAACUAAAUUAGUUUAUUUUGAACCUAAAGACAUUACUGCUGAUGAACAAGAUCAAGAAGCUGAAGUACUUCGAAAUAUAAGAAAAUUUUUAACAAAAAAUGCCGCUUAUGGAAAAACUGGACAUCGUGAUACACAUUUACAAAUGGAUAAUGUAGAAAUUCGAAAACGUAGAGGAUCAUUACAUUUCAUAAGAUUUCCAACGUCGGAAAUGGGAAAUUUUUUAUCGUUAGCAAAAUCAAAAGGAAUGGCUCAACUUGUAACAACGGUUUGUGCAACUGGUGGUGGCGCCUAUAAAUUUGAAAAAAAUUUUAGAGAAGAAGUAAAUAUGAAAUUAGCAAAAUUUGAUGAAUUAGACACAUUAAUUAAAGGGAUAUUAUUUGCUGAAGUUCAAAAUCCAACAGAAUGUUAUUUUUGGGACAAUGCCAGCGAUAUUAAGAGGAGUGAAAAAAAAGCAUUUGAUUUUUCGCAGCCAUAUCCAUUUAUUUUAGUGAAUGUCGGGUCUGGAGUUUCAGUUUUAGCAGUAUACGGUCCAGAUAAUUUUAAACGGAUAUCAGGUACAAGUUUAGGUGGAGGAACAUUCCUGGGACUAUGUUGUCUCCUAACAGGCUGUGAUACAUUCGAAGAAGCAAUUCAACUGGCUACUGAAGGUGAUCAUACCAGAGUUGAUAAAUUAGUUAAAGACAUUUAUGGGGGUGAUUAUGAACGUUUCGGGCUACAUGGUGAUUUAGUUGCAUCAAGCUUUGGGCAAAUGAUUUCAAAAGAAAGAAGAGAAAAUAUAACAAAAAGCGACUUAGCAAACGCAACAUUAGUUACAAUUACAAAUAAUAUUGGUUCAAUCGCGCGCAUGUGUGCUGUGAAUGAAAAAAUUGACAAGGUAGUUUUUGUCGGAAAUUUUCUUCGUGUAAAUCCAAUUUCAAUGAAACUUCUAGCUUAUGCAAUGGACUAUUGGUCAAAAGGGACACUCAAAGGUCUCUUUUUGGAACACGAAGGAUAUUUUGGUGCAUUAGGAUGUCUAUUACAGUUUAAUGGCGAAAUAGCAGCAGCUAUACACGAAAAUGAUGAUACCUAGUUUUGUUUGCAAUGUGUAGAAUAUUUACAAUAGAACAAUAGUACACAUAUUUAUACGCAUACUUGUAUAAAUUUAGUUAAAAAAAUAUUAUUUGUAUUUAGAUUCAGAAUUUUUGUUUUAAAUAUUCUCAAAUUUAUAUUAAUUAAAAAAAAUUAAUAUAAAAAUUAUAUUAAUUUUUCCUCCUAUCCAAUCACUUACAUAUAAAAAGAAAUACAUAUAUCAUUUUAAUAAUUCAUCAUUAUUUUAAUAAUUGAACAAAUGUAAUAUAUUGUUUGGCACCAUUUUUUUAUAUUAAUGUUAUAUUUUUUUAAAUUUUAGCUUUUAAGAGAGUUUUAUUGUUAACGAGGGGACGUAUACCUAUAU